AUGGAAAGAACACAGAAUUUCGAUGGUAGCUUCAAGAGCAACGCCCACCUGCUGAAUGGCAACAAAUUUUACGGGCCCGUUUCCUUUUCGGCAACUGGCGAGAGGGAUGAAGACCACACAGCAUCCACACAAAACAACUCAAUGUCGGAGUCUCCUACACGUGUUCAUGAUAAGAUCGAUGGGAUGUUUGGUCCUGGACAGGGUGGAAUCCUGAACUGGGACGAAUGUCUCCAAUCACUUGCAUUCAACGAAUCAAACGACAGGGAACGACACAUAGAACCACAAUCAGCAGGUACUUGUGAAUGGCUGAUGAAAUCACCGGAAUACUUGCGCUGGGUCGAUGAACAUGGUUUACUCCUAAUCAGAGGCAAAGCUGGGUGUGGGAAAUCCACACUUCUGAAAUUUGCAUUAGGCCAACAGACAGAAGCUGCUGCCCCUUUGGGCUCUAUCGUGUUGUCUUUUUUCUUCUAUGCCAGCGGCACGGAACUUCAGAGCAGCACAUUGGGCUUCUUCCGAUCUCUUCUGCUUCAAUUGCUUGACCAGGAUGAGUAUUCACGACCGGAAUUUAUGAAAAUCUGCCGCAAAUAUUGCAAGCCAAGGGAAAAGUUGCAGUUAAAAUGGCAACAGGUCGAGCUUGAGGCUCAUUUCCAGAAGCUUGUCGUUGACUGUUCUUCCCGGCGGAAGAUACUGAUAUUUGUCGACGCUCUUGACGAGUGUAACGACAAGGAUCGGGAUCGUCUCAUCAGUUUCCUUCAUGGUCUACGUGGUCAAAUUAAUUCGAGACUGAAUAGACCGGGGAUUUGCGUCACAUGUCGUCCAUAUCAGGAUGGCCAAAUCAAGGCAGAAUUCCAGGUCCGACUUGAAGAGGAGAAUCAGGAUGAUAUUGAAAGUUUCGUGGAAAACAACUUGCGCCUGCCCGAUGAAUCGGUGACGGACACAAAAGAGUUGAAGCGUGCUCUGCUAGGCAAAGCUGAUGGCCUAUUUCUCUGGCUUGUCUUGAUUAUUGAACGAAUACACCAUAUGAGUGGCAAGGGGUUGAGUCUGAGAAGAAUAAAAUCAGAGCUCCUCGAAUGUCCACAAGAGCUAGAUAGGCUGUACGAAGGUCUCCUAGAAGAUAUUCAAGAUGACGAGCUACUGGAAGCUUACACAUUGUUUCAAUGGAUUUGUUUUGCGAUCCGGUCACUGUCUCUUGAUGAACUCAGAAUUGCAAUGACAGUACACUUGAGUGGAUCAAAGGGGUCAUUAAGAGAGUAUGAAGAUGUCGACAAUCCUCAGUUAAUACCAAGCGAAGCCAAGAUGAGGAAGCGGAUGAUUCACUUGAGCCGAGGUCUUGUCGAUGUGGGAAGUGCUAAGCUAGAUGAUGACAAAGCCAUUGUUGGCUUUCACCAUGACACAAUCAGAGCUUUCAUGCUGAGGAAAGGGCUAAGCUAUCUGAACGGACGGCUGCAUGAGCCUCGCAGCCUCACGCAGAUUGCUAGUGUACAGCUAGCAAACACGUGUCUCCAAUACUUGUCAACAGAGGAGAUUUGCCUUGCUUGCCAAGAGAAGGAGAUUUUGCCAAGAGAAAGAUUUCAAUUUCUAGGUUAUGCAGCGACAUGUUGGGUCUCACAUGCUGUUACAGCGGAAAGGGAGAACCUAGGAGAGGAGAUUGCAUGGCCAACAGAAACCAUACUUGAUGUGUGGAUCAAUACAUGCAAGAGUUUGGAGAACAGCUCAAGCGAAACCGCUACCGAAGGGACGUCUUUGAUGCAUAUCGCAGCUGAAUUUGGCCUUGAAAAGUUAGCGAAGAGGAUUCUGUGCACAGACCAAAAGGUUUCAACUAUUUCAAGCCACAGAAAGCUGGGAAUGAGCGAUACUUCCAAGUCGAUGGCAAGAGACUCGGCGAUGAAGACGGCGAGGACAAGCGGCCAGGUAAAAGUCAACACGAUGCCAAUCAGAACUCGAAAACUGCAACUGAACACGAAGGAAGAAACCGGAUCAAGGAGAAAGUCAAACACAAGUGCGAAGGAGGCAAGGGAAAGGGUUGUGGGCUCCGAUACAGUGAAAGUGGACAGAGGGGGAACGCGGGAGAUAGCUAAGAUGGGGUUGAAGACGGUGGGAGGAAGAGGUGAAUUUUUAGUGAAUGCUCAGAACAAGAGAGGUGAUUCCCCACUACAUUUGGCUGCAGAGCAUGGCUUCCUUGAAAUGGUGAUAUUUCUCUGCCAGUGGGGAAGUAGGACGACAAACCCCAACUGUGAUGGGUGCACACCACUUUCCAGAGCAUCGCAGAAUGGCCAUCUCGAAAUUGUCAAGUUUUUGUACGAGCAUGGAGCGGACGUCAAUACAGCCACAAAGGAUGGUUGUACUCCAUUAUAUGCGGCUUCAUAUUCCGGCCAUCUCGAAGUUGUCAAGUUUCUAUACGAGCAUGGAGCAGAUACCGACAUUCAUACAGCGAUAAAGACUGGCUGGACCCCACUACAUACGGCUUCAGGGUUGGGCCAUCUUGAAAUUGUCAAGUUUUUGUACGAGCAUGGAGCGGACGUUCAUACGGCCACAAAUGAUGGUUACACUCCAUUAUGUGGGGCUUCAGAGUUUGGCUAUCUCGAAGUCGUUAAGUUUUUAUACGAGCAUGGAGCGGACGUCAAUACGGCCACAAAUGGUGGUUACACUCCAUUAUAUAUGGCUUCGUAUUUGGGCCAUCUCGAAGUUGUCAAGUUUCUAUACGGGCAUGGAGCAGAUACCGACGUCCAUACGGCCACAAAGGAUGGUUAUACUCCAUUAUAUGCGGCUUCAUAUUCCGGCCAUCUCGAAAUUGUCAAGUUUCUAUACGAGCAUGGAGCAGAUACCAACAUUCAUACGGCGAUAAAGACUGGCUGGACCCUACUACAUACGGCUUCAUAUUUGGGCCAUCUCGAAGUUGUCAAGUUUCUAUACGAGCAUGGAGUAGAUACCGACAUUCAUACAGCGACAAAGGAUGAUGGCUGGACCCCACUACAUGCGGCUUUAGAUUCGGGCCAUCUCGAAAUUGUCGAGUUUUUGUACAAGCAUGGAGCGGACGUCCAUACGGCCACAAAGGAUGGUUAUACUCCAUUAUAUGCGGCUUCAUAUUCCGGCCAUCUCGAAGUUGUCAAGUUUCUAUACGAGCAUGGAGCAGAUACCGACAUUCAUACGGCGACAAAGACUGGCUGGACCCCACUACAUGCGGCUUCACAGUCGGGCCAUCUCGAAAUUGUCGAGUUUUUGUACGAGCAUGGAGCGGACGUUUAUACGGCUACAACGAAUGGUUAUACUCCAUUAUAUAUGGCUUCAGAGUCGGGCCAUCUCGAAGUUUUCAAGUUUCUAUACGAGCAUAGAGUAGAUACCGACAUUCAUACAGCGACAAAGGAUGAUGGCUGGACCCCACUACAUGCGGCUUCAUGUUCGGGCCAUCUCGAAAUUGUCAAGUUUCUAUGCGAGCAUGGAGCGGACGUUCAUACGGCCACAAAGGAUGGCUAUACUCCAUUAUUUAUGGCUUCAUAUUCGGGCCAUCUCGACGUUGUUAAGUUUCUAUACGAGCAUGGGGCAGAUACCGACAUUAAUACGGCGACAAAGGAUAAUAGCUGGACUCCACUAUAUGCGGCUUCAUAUCUAGGCCAUCUUGAAGUUGUCAAGUUUCUAUACGAGCAUGGUGCAGAUAUCGACAUUCAUACGGCGACAAAGGAUGAUGGCUGGACUCCACUACAUGCGGCUUCAUGUUCGGGUCAUCUUGAAAUUGUCAAGUUUCUACGCGAGCAUGGAGCUUGCGUUGAAACUCCGGACAAAUUUGGACGGACUUCGCUUUUCCAUGCCUCCGCGAGAAGCCAUGUGGAAGUCCUACAACAACUUCUGUCCCAUGGGGCUGCGGUCGAUAUAAAAGACCGGUACGGUUCUACCCCGCUUCUUGCAGCUGUAAGAAACGGGCAUGAGGCAGCUGUUAUGUGUUUGCUCGUCCUUCAGGGCCCCUGCAUCCAGGUUGAAGACGGCUUUGGUCACAGUUUGCUCUGGUGGGCCAGAAAAAGCGGGAAUACCAAAGUCGCUGAUGCCGUCAUUCAAUUUACUGAAACAAGGGGCAUUGAAGUUAGCGAGGGUGACUUGGCUGUGGAGGCCAGCUCAAUGGCGACAGGUGAUUCUAGCGAGAGGUGUGAUAUAUGCACUCGAUUUGUUUCUAUUGGGAGUGCCUACCACGAAUGUUCUAUCUGCCUGACUUUCGGCUUCGUUGUCUGCCUGGAGUGCUUUGAGAUGGGCGCGCGGUGUCUAGAUGGUUCUCAUGAGUUGCAUUUGGAAGAACUUAUUGAAUGA